AUGGUUGGGGGUGAUCUCACAGACGGUGAACCUUAUGCGUCUACUUUUCAAAUGUAAGUAUCGUACCCAACAGAUUCGGUUGCGUGGGCUUAGCUUUGUUCAAAGUACGCGUCAUCCUCCAAAGUGAGACUAUAGUCAUCGUUUUUCUUCACAUGACGUGGCACUUUUCCCUUCUUGCAAUUUCCCUCUCACAUCCAUUUUCUUGCCGACCCAUUCAGAAAGCGAGUCUUCUGCGGCUCUAUCUGAGUAAUCCGGUUCCGAAGGCAGGAUUCAGGCAGGUCUCACGAUCCUAACCGAGUACGUGAAGCAAAGUAAGGGUUGAUUGGAAGGAACAAAAAGGGCUGAUUGAUCUGAUCCUCCCACUACACUUCUAAUUUUGCUGCAAUGUAUUUCUUUUUUGAUGAAUUCAGUUCUACCGCAUUCAAAUUUCAAUUAAUGUGUCCACUCCACACUCACAAAAAUUGUAUUAAUUUCAUAGUUUCCAUUGUUUUGUGGAACCUGAUUACUCUUUUUUUCAAUUAUCCAUUCAGUCAAUGGUGAUUGUAGCUAUCUGCAGGCACUAAGAGCAGAAAAGAUAUAAUCGGAUGAAAAAGAACAAUUUCGGGCCGGCCGGUGACAACUAUGAGUAGAAUCUUAGUCGUACGCUUCAAAGUAGGUUUUUCUCUCUUUCCUGUGCUCCAAUACGUAAAAAAGAGCAAAGCCCUCGUUCCUUCCCGUUUUGCAUAUCCGCGUCGAACAGAACAUAAGUGUCAGAAGCCCUUUCCCCUUUUUGUAUUCCGUGCCACUCUGUGAUUCCUCUAUUUUCCUCGUAAUGCAGUCAGAAUGAAAGACUACGGUACUAUUUUGGAGCAGACUGCUCGCAUUUAGUGCUACGUUGGGCCACUCCCCUUGCCUACUCAUUCUCUUUUUCAUGAGCUGCCUUUCUGCCUUGAACAAUCCAAGUUCCCAUUUUUUAUCCAUUUUUUCUUUAGAGAUCCAUCGGCGGCAACAUCCACAUCUCCAUCAUCGUCCGAAGGCUUUUUAUCGGUUUCUCCUGAAUUGAAGCUCUCUCGAGCUGACGUCAACCUUCUACUUGGUGUUCUCAACGCGUAAGACAAAGUGAAAUCAUUCCAAACACACAAGGUUUUGUUUAUUUUCAGAGUAGUUUAUACUGACGACGGUGUGCAGCGACAAGCGCAUUUUGUAAACUUUUCUCCCAGGUCGAGAAUUCAUUUACAUUUACACUUCGACUUUGAAAACUUUAGAAGAAACUGUAAUACAUUCACUUCUUCAUUUGUAUCGUCUGAGUAUCAGGGAUGUUUUGGAGACAGUGAUAUUACCCAACAGACAAGGUGCUUCGGCUCUUUGGAUAUAGAGACUCCUUCUUCUUCUUCUUCUUCUUCUUCGGUUUCUUCGGAAGAAAACAGCUCAUGUGCUAAAACGCUUUCCGACAAGGUGAAUCUUGCAUGAUUGCUGAUUUAAUCUCCAAUAACUUCCAGACCCGUUUUUUCGAAGAUGGAUCAGGAUCCAAGCAAUUUGAAAGAGCAAACCAAUGAGCAGAGCAAGUCAGCCUCCCCAUCAGUUAUUAUCAACUUAAAUUCUAUUGUCCAAGAACUUCGCAAUAUAGAAAGUAACUUAAUUUCCAAAAGACUGCCUAAUGUUUCUUGUUUCAGCGGGUCGCAAUAAUCGUACUCAUCUCGUCACUGACGAUGACAAUAUUUCAAUAAGCACGUCUAUCCGUAAUCUUUCUCCGCUGUCGGAGGUAUUUGACGAUGAACCAGAAGAAUCAGAAGCGUCGACUCAACAUGAGUCAGUAGAAGAAGAAUUGUGGCAGAUGCCAGAAGAUUUGCCGCGAGGGGGCCAACUCAUGACUGCUGAGGUACCGAUUCGAGCUCCGCCGCCACCAGCUCCGAUCACUGAAACUGUUUUGAUAGACGAUGACGGACCAUAUUAUAGAGUCCCUGGUAUGUACUGUAUCCAGAUUUGGCGACAAGUGGCGGACUCUCGUGGUCGCACCUAUCCCCCGUUGAGAUCUUCGCCGAACGACCCUCUUGGACCACUCCGCAUCCCUCGUAUUCGAGCCGGACCAAGCAGAUCCGGACGGUCAGAUCAACGUUAUUUCGAAUUCCCAGAAGGCGUGGAGAACGUUGAAGACAUUCCGCCAGAGCAACUCAUUCCGGAAUGGUACGCCUGGGCUGGCUGGCUCGGUCCGCGUGCGCUUUUCCGAGUUCGUUGGGGCGCUCUGACUCCAGUUCCAAGAUUUCUAAUCGAUGACAUUCCAAACGACGGACUCGUUCAUUUUCGUCGUCCGUUCAACCCUCCGAGACUUUGUGCACACCCAUUCCGUUGCGACUGGCUUCCAAACUUUGCUCCGACUUGCGGAAGAGUCUAUCCAACAAGCUGUCGGGCUGUCGUCCCAUCCAACUACUUUUCCUAUUUCAAUUCGAUUCAAGAAGAGACGAACUCAAGCGAUAAUCCGGAGAAUGCAGUGGUCACCAACACGUUUGACAUGAAUCACAUUGUUUUUGAUCCACUUCUACAACUACCGGAGCAUCCGACGCCUCCAACCGGAGAAUCUUUCAACAUGUUUCCGGAUCCGAUGACUCCGCCGCCCAUUCCGUCUCCCGUAUUGUUCCCCUAUCGUGGACCAUUUGCUGAUUUGACCCGCUGGCAAGUUCGUGCUGCCUGCAUGCUUCGCUGCAUCCUUCUGUACUUGAUGCCGGAAAGAACCGUCUCGAUGGAUGAUCCGAUUGGACGGCUGUUAACUGAAGGCGAUCGUCAGUUUUUGAGAUUUCCUGAACAAAGUGAAGACUAUGAAGAUCGAGAAAUUGAUGACGAUGUGAGUGACUCUAAGUAAAGUUAAGACUCUGUCAGAAUCGACAACUCACCCUUGGAAUUUUCAUAAUCACUAGCUUCACAUCUCGUUUGAUUUUUACAGAGAUGCUGUUCUUAAUAAUAUUGUUUUAUUCUUAUCAUUUCAGUUGGAUUAA